AUGGGUGAUGGUGGCGACUACGAGAACGGGGGCGAGGAAGGGUACGCAGAAAAAGGGCAAGGGUACGAUGGGGAAGGCAACGCGUACGCGGGGGAAGGAGGCGAAGAGGGGCAAGGUGCAGGGUACAUUAAUCAGGAAGGAGAGGAGUUCGGACAAGAUAUGGAAGGAGGGGAGGGGUUUGCGGAAGAGGAGGAAAAUUGGCAAGAGGGAGAAGCGGAAGACGUUUACGCAAUGGGAGCGGGUAUGGGGAAUGGCCCAGAAGGGGAAGAAGGGUUUGCGGAGGACGGGGUGGCGGCAUUUGCAGAUGCGGGUGAAGGAUACGCUGGGGAAGAUGGAAAUGCGUACGCAGGGGACGGGGUGCAGAAUCAGGCGGAAUUGGGGGAAGGCUACGCGGGAGAGGGGGGGGGAGGAGACGGGAGAGAGGGAGGGGAAGGAUAUGCGGGAGAGGGGGGGGAUGGAGUUGAGGGAGAGGAGGGGGAAGGAUAUGCGGGAGAGGGGGGGGACGGAGAUGCGGGGGAAGGAUAUGCGGGCGAGAGGGGGGAUGGAGUUGCGGGAGAGGAGGAGGAAGGAUAUGCGGGCGAGGGGGGGGAUGGAGUUGCGGCAGAGGAGGGGGAAGAAUAUGCGGGCGAGGGGGGGGAUGGAGUUGCGGGAGAGGAGGGGGAAGGAUAUGCGGGCGAGGGGGGGGAUGGAGUUGCGAGAGAGGAGGGGGAAGGAUAUGCGAGCGAGGGGGGGGAUGGAGUUGCGAGAGAGGAGGGGGAAGGAUAUGCGGGCGAGGGGGGGGAUGGAGUUGCGGGAGAGGAGGGGGAAGGAUAUGCGGGCGAGGGGGGGGGUGGAGUUGCGGGAGAGGAAGACCAAUGCGAUGGAGAGAACGGCGCUGCAGGCGACGGCGGAGAAGGUGGCGAACCUGCCCAGCCGCACAGUCAUGGGGCUGAAGAUGAUGACGACAUUGAGAAUAUCAUGUACCCUGGAGCGCAAGCAAUGGCCACACAACAGAGCCAGGCGUCGACAAUGGAUGAGGAUGUUGAGGAGCAGAGAGCGUUGGAGCGGGGAAACGUGGCCGCGAAGAAGAAAUACCAGAGCAACCCCGGCAAGCGCGUGGAGUGGGGCGAGGCAGAGGGCGAGGUGGGGGUCACGGAGAUGAGCGCAGAGGUGAGCGCGGAGGUGAGCGCGGAGGCAAAGGGAGGGGAGGAGGACGAGGGAGAGAGAGAGGCCGAGGGAGAGGCGGAGAGAGAGGAGGAGGGAGGGCCGGAGGUCGGGGAGGUCGUGGCGAUGGGACGGGUGGAGGACGCGUCGAAGGGAGAGGGGGAGGGCGAGGCGGCAAUCGGGGUGGCGGACAAGGAGCUGGUGGUGGCAGAGGCCGAGCUGCUGGCACGGGACGGGGGAGAGGUAGGGGAGCAGCAGGUAGGCAAAAUUUGGCAUGAGUGGCCAUCACCAUGCUGCUUGUUAUGCCAAAGGGUUAACAGUGCAGGGGGCAGCACUGGGCAGCCCAAUCAUACGCAGAGAGGAUGGGGUCCCAUGGCAUCAGCUGGUGGUGGUCGUGCAGGGGCACAACCUGGAGGGUCGAACAUGGGUGAUAGAUCCCAAUCCAAUGCCAGCGGGGGUGGUAUGAAUGGUGUGGCACUGGGUGCAGCACCUUCUGGCCGAUCUUCUGGUUCUCGCGGACCCGAUGCAGCAGCAUCAACUGGUUCACAGAGGCCGGUUGCUGUGCCAAGGCCAGGAAUCGGUGCCGGGAUGCCCAGGCCGCGUGCUGUCGCGUCUGUAAGUGAAAAAAUUGCACAAAAUACAUAUGCAACAAUGGCUGAUCUGCAAGCACUACGGGAUGAGCUGCUAGGGCAGCUCUGCAGGCGGUGUGCCGGAUGUGACAGGCAUGAUGCCAACGGGGAGGGUGGCGGAACUCAGGUUGAACCAGUGAAGGAGCCGGUGCGUGUGAAGUCCCCGGAGGAAAUUGCCUGCGACUUCAUCAACGCGGAAACCGGGGGCUGGCAGAGCCACUGCAAGGCACGGAAGAUUCUAACCUGCUCCUUUCCCCCCAUCUCCGUCUCGCCCCUGCCUUACUCUCUGCCUGGCAGAGCCAAUGCAAGGCAUGGCAGCGCCUAA